AUGUGCCAGCCCAAGCUCCCACCCCCCAGCGAUCUGGUGGCGGGGUUAACCUCCUCCCCACCCACCCUCCCCUGCCGCUUCCUGUACGAUGCCAAGGGCUCCCAGCUCUACUCCCAGAUCACCGACCUCCCUGAGUACACCCCGUACCGCGCCGAGCUGGGCCUGCUCAAGGAGCAUGGCACAAAGCUGGCCACCCUCAUCCCCCCCCACGCCCUGGUCGUGGAACUGGGGUGCGGGGACGCCACCAAGACCUCUCACCUCAUCCACUCCCUGCUGGCCUCCCGCGAACCCGGCGCGGUGAGGUUCGUGGGCAUCGACGUCAGCGCCGAGGCCCUGCGCCAGACCGACCGCACACUGCGCGAGAGGUGCCCGGACCUGCCCGCCGCGGGGAUCCAGCUGGUGGAGGCGGACUACCUGACGGGCCUGCGCGCCGUGCGCAGCGCCAACCCGGACGCCACGCUGUGCCUGCUGUGGCUGGGCAGCUCCAUCGGGAACUUUGGCGAGGGCGAGGCCUCCGAGUUCCUGGCCGGCCUGGUGGCGGCGGCGGGCGGCGACACGCGCGUCAUCCUGGGCGCCGACGGCUGGAAGGACCGGGGCGUGCUGCACGCCGCCUACUGCGACGCCGCCGGCGUCACCGAGCGCUUCAUCGUCAACGGCGUGCAGCACGCGCUGCGCUUGCUGAGGCACCCGGACGCGCGCGCGGCCGACCUGUGGGACUACGAGGUCGUGGUGAACGAGCGGAGGAGCCAGGUGGAGAUGUGGGUGUCGCCUAAGCGGCGGGUGUCUGACAUCGUGCCGGGCGUCAGUCUGGAAGCUGGGGAGAAGCUGCUGGUGGAGAUCUCCAGGAAGUUCACGCCCCUGAGCAUCGCCGCGCUAGCCGAUCAGGCCGGCCUAGUCGUGCAGGAGUCGUGGCGCACGCCCGGCUACUCCCUGCAGCUCCUGCUGCCGGCCGUGCAGGCCCUGCAGGACGCCUGGCGCGACACCGACACCCUCUUCUCGUCGGUUGCCAGCUGGUCCGCCCAGCCCAUCGGCCUGCGCCACCCCUUUUCUUUCUACUACGGCCACCUGGCCUCCUUUGCGCGCUCGCGGCUGCUGCCCGGGCGGCCCGCCGGCCACCUGGACCUGCUGUACAGCCGCGGCAUCGACCCCUGCGUCGUCGACCCCAGCCGGUGCCACGCCCACCCCCCGCCCCCGCCCACCUGGCCGGGCAGGGAGGAGGUGCGUGCCUACGCGGUGGGCGUCCGCGCCGAGGUGCUGGCCGACGCGCGGGCGCUGCCGGCGCGCACGCACGCGCUGCACAUGGUGCUGGAGCACGAGCGGAUGCACCAGGAGACGCUGUGCUACAUGCUGGCGCAGCAGCGCGGCGCGGACGCCGCGCUGACUCAGCGAGAGGGGGUGCUGGGGGCCUUGGCCGGCCGCUGGGCGGGGUGCAGCUACCGGGCGACUGAGCAGCGCUGUGCCGACGCCGCGUGGGUCCAUGUCCCCGCCACCCAGAUCCAGCUGGGGCUGGGCAGGGCGGCGCGCCACGGGUUUGUCUGGGACAACGAGCUGGGUACGCCGGCACCACAGGCGGUGCCGGCCUUCCGUCUGGCUUCCCACCCCGUGUCUGUGAGGGAGUACAAGGCCUUCAUGGACGAGGCGCAGCCAUAUGAGAGAGAAGGACUGUGGUCUGCCGGGGACUGGGCGCACAUCUCCAGCUCAGGCUGGAAGAGGCCGGCCGGCUGGAUCCUUGACCAGGAGGGCCGUCUGCAUGUUGGCCUGCCCGAGGCCGUCUAUCAGUGGGAAGAGGUGGCGGACUGUCCAGUCUACGUCAGUCUAGCUGAAGCCGAGGCGUUUGCCAGGUGGGCUGGGGGCCGCGUCAUGACGGAGGAGGAGUACGCCGCCGCCGUCCAACACAAGGAGCUGCAGGGCCUGCUCAGGAGCGUGGCAGCCGAGGCAGAUGAGCAAGCCACCGCCCACUGCCUCGAGUCUGGUGGCUGGGAGUGGACAAGCACCCCAUUCAAGCCUUUCCAGGGAUUCAAGGCCGACCCCAUGUACCCUGAGUACAGCGUUGACUUCUUUGAUGAUCAGCACUAUGUCUUGAAGGGCGCAUCACCUUACACUCACCCCUCCAUUCAGAGGGGGACGUUCCGUAACUUCUAUCAACGGCUGUAUCCCUUUGUCAUGGCCAAGUUCCGGGUCGUCCUGGAGGCCACCAUGGCAUCUGCCUGA